UAUGCAAGCCUCAUCAUGAUAUUUUAUAUGCUCUGUGGGAGCCAUUGCCUUCUUUUAUCUCUUCCUACAAGAAUAAAGUGAAAGAAAAAUACUCUUCCCCUGCAUUUUUAUAAUUUCACUAUCUAUAUCUUUACCUUUUUCACUGUAUUAUUGUGUUGAAUUUUUGGGAUCAUGAGGAACCCUACCAAUAACUCGAUGGGAGGGUUAUAUAUAUAUAUAUAUAAGAACAAACAAGUAGUGUAGAUAAAAGAGUACAUCAUUAUCUGCAACAAAGGAUGCAUCUUGAGUCCCUAAGAGGAAAGGUGAAGAAAGUCACCAGAUUUCCCAUCGGUGGUUGCUUCGAUGGAUGUCAGGAUCACGCGCAGCCAUCCGGGUUUGGCACGAGGAUCUGGAACCUGAGCGAUAGGCCGGUGGAGUUACAAAUAAGGGUGGGAUCAAUACUGAAGAAGGUUCACACAUUGAAGGCAGGAUCUUCAAAGAGACUCAAGUGCAAGAGCAUUUACAAGGCUUACAUUCCUGGCAGUAAGAACAAGAGUGGAGGCAAUAAUGUAGGCAUGAAGAGCUUGCUCUAUUACUAUGAUGAGGCAUGCCAGCCUUAUAUUUGGUUACAUGACACUGGAGGUGAUUCUUCUAGGAUGGUUAAGCAACAGUAUCUUAGUCUUGAUGACCUGAGAGACUGUUCUGAGAUCAGAAUCUUUAGGGAUCAUCAGCGCGGAUGCAUAUCCGUUCGCAAGAAACCUAGGCCUGAGUUUUGUUAAAUCUGAUCCUCAUAUGCACCUUUUGUGGGUAAUGUAUGUCAAAGUGUCAUCAGUUUCUUUUAAUUUUCUUUUCCUGAUUGUGUGUAUGGUUUGAAGAGUUGGGAUUUCUAUAUUGCAAUACUUGUACAAAAGAAAUGACAGUAUGAAUGAAACUAAUGCAGCUACUGCAUCUAGUUGUUUCUGAGUUUAA